CGGGGUUACAGAAGCAUGCGCCGUGCUCUGACGUCCUGCCACAGCUCCUGUAACCACACAAGUGUGGAAGUUCCCAGUUACGAGCAGGGAUCCCCUUCCGCUCGGGAGCGGCGACUUCAGCGACACCCCCGCCCGGCAGAACACGCGAGGGGCCCGCGCGGGAUCGCGCCCAGAAGCGGCGGCACCUGGUGUUCCCCGGCGCUCAUCACGGAACCAUCCGGCUUUGCCAGGAUGGAAGCCAAGGGUAAAAAGAAGUUCGCGGGGAAGAGUGGAAAAGCACCUCGUGGGAAAGUGCCACCCGGGAAAAGAAAGUUUAAAAAAGAUUCGGGUCCACCAAAGAAACGUAUUAAAAAAGGAGAUGAGGAAGGAAAACCUACAUCUAUUUCCAAUAAAUUUGUAAAAGGGCAGUUUAGACCUGGAAAAACUGGUGUCAACCGAUUCAAGACUAAACAGCAAUCAGAAAAGCUGGCAAAGAAGAGGAAACUCCAGGCUGGUGAAGAGGGAGGGUCAGAUUCUAAGAAGCCAAAGUGGGAUGACUUCAAAAAGAAAAGGAAGGAAUUAAAGCAAACCAGGCAACUGAAUGAUAAAAGUAAUUACGACAUAAUUGUAAAAUCAAAGCAAAUAUGGGAAAGUAUGAGAAGGAAGAAAUGUGAUAAGGAAACACGAGAAAAGCUCAUGAAUGAACUGCAGAAGCUUCUUCGUGGAAAAAUAAAAAGUCUGGCAUUUGCACAUGAUUCAACUCGAGUGAUCCAGUGCUUUAUUCAGUACGGUAAUGAGAAGCAAAGGCAGGAGACAUUUGAAGAGUUGAAAGAUAGCCUAGUAGAGCUGAGCAAGUCAAAAUAUUCCAGAAAUAUUGUGAAGAAGUUUCUUAUGUAUGGGACAAAACCACAAGUUGCAGAGAUAAUAAAAAGCUUUAAAGGCCAUGUGAAAAAAAUGCUCCGUCAUGCAGAAGCAUCUGCUGUGGUGGAAUAUGCCUAUAAUGACAAAGCCAUUCUGGAGCAGAGGAAUAUGCUGACAGAAGAACUAUAUGGCAACACUUUCCAGAUUUACAAGACAGCAGUUGUCCCAACUUUGGAUAAAGUGUUAGAAGCUCAGCCAGAAAAGAGGGAGGCCAUCUUGGAUGAAAUGAAACAGAUUCUUACACCCAUGGCACAAAAAGAGGCUGUGAUAAAGCACUCACUGGUACAUAAAGUAUUUUUGGACUUUUUCACUUACGCUUUUCCAAAACAAAGAUCGGAAAUGAUAGAAGCUAUCAGAGAGGCUGUCAUCUAUCUGGCACACACCCAUGAUGGAGCCAGAGUAGCGAUGCACUGCUUGUGGCAUGGUACUCCUAAGGACAGAAAAGUAAUUGUGAAAACCAUGAAGACAUAUGUAGAAAAAAUAGCAACGGGUGAGUUUUCUCAUCUGGUCUUGCUGGCAGCAUUUGAUUGCAUCGAUGACACCAAACUGGUGAAACAGUUAAUUAUAUCUGAAAUAAAUUCUUCUUUGCCCAAUAUAAUAAACAACAAAUAUGGAAAGAAGGUCAUCUUGUACUUGCUAAGUCCUAGGGACCCUGCACAUUUUGUUCCAGAAAUCAUCACUCUUCUGCAACAGGGAGAUGGAAAUGCGUAUAGUAAGAAGAAUACUGAACUCCGCCGCCGUGAACUCCUGGAAGCCAUUUCCUCACCUUUGCUAGAAUAUUUGCAAGAACAUGCCCUAGAAGUAGUGACAGAUAAAGCUACCUGUGUCUUGGUUGCUGACAUCUUAAGAACAGCUCUUGGUGACAUCCAGCCUGCACUAGAUGCAAUUGCUGAUUUGGCAGCAGAAGAGCUGGUUCCAGGUGGCCGUGAUGGGCAGCUUCACAUUGCAGAACACCCAGCAGGCCAUCUGGUUUUGAAAUGGUUAAUAGAGCAAGAUGAAAAAAUGAGAGACCAUGGAAAAGAAGUUUGCUUUGGAAGAACAUUGGUGGAACGUGUUGGAAUUCAGAAUAUGAAGACUUGGGCAGAAGUAAAUCGAGGUGCCAUUAUCCUUUGUUGCCUUCUCCGGAGUGCUGAUCAAGAAGUAUCAAAUACAGUCAAAAAAGGACUGAAAAAGCUUGUCCCAAAGUUGAAGCUGAUUAAAAAUGUAAAAGGAAUAGAAGCAUUACUGGAGAAAUUGACUUCCUAGUGGAAAUUAAGCUAAAAAGACAAUUUACAUCAAUGCAACGAACUGAGAGUUGGUAAGAUUUGACACCAUGUUUUUUUAAGAAGCAGUGUAAUCAUUUGUAAAUUAAAUAAUUUCCAAAACAA